AUGGACACUCUAAAAAAGACUUCGCUGUUCAAAUAUGUACACGCAAUUCGAGCCCUUCCCAAAGGAAUCUUCAAUAUCAAUUUGUUUUUGUCUGCCGCCUUUUUUGCUACUGCAGGAACCCCAAAAGGAUGGGACGAAGGCUCAGCUGCUGCCAUCACUCAGUUAAAAUCAUUCCAGACCGAAUUCCACCUCGACUCGACCAAAGAUAGCCAAACAAUCUCGAACCUAGUAUCCUUCGUGAACCUCGGUGCCGGCAUUGGCGCCUUACUGUCAUUCCUCAUCAAUGAUAGAAUAGGCCGUAUCUGGUCCAUGAGACUAUAUCACACAAUAUACAUGAUUGGCACGCUCAUUUCAUGUUUCUCGUACGGAAGCCUUGGGGCCCUAUACACGGGUCGCAUCGUUGCUGGUCUCGGCAUCGGUGCGUGCACAGUAGUAGGACCAAUGGCCAUAGCAGAGAUUGCCCCCAAGACCGUGAGAGGUCUCAUGACGCUCUGGGUGAAUGUUGGCAUGCUAGUGGGCCAGACACUGGGCAUAUUUACCGUCUAUGGCUGCAGCAUACACAUAGCAUCUACAUUGCGACUCCAGAGCCAGAUUCCCUGGUUUGUCCAGACUUUUGUACCGGCUAUUGCUAUUCUCCUGUCUUUCUUCGUUAUGGAGUCGCCCCGCUGGCUGGCGAUCAAGAACAGACCCGAGGAGGUGCUUGAGGCACUGACGAAACUACGCGGACUCCCAGAGUCCCAUGUUUAUGUUCAAGAAGAAUAUCAAGUCUUGCGAGCACAUAUCGAAAGCGAGACGGACCAGUAUGGACAACUCAGUCUGGUUUCUGCAUUCAAAGAGACUUUUCUUGUCCGCUCAAACCUUCGUCGGGUCCAACUUACAAUCAUUGCCUACAUUCUUGCACAGUUCUCUGGCGCAAACUCCAUCACCAACUAUCUUCCCACGAUUCUCGGACUUGUCGGAGUCAAAAGUGACAACACAAAACUGCUGUCUUCUGGAUUAUAUGCGGUUACAAAGCUCAUUUGCACCGUCAUAGCCUCCCUGGUCUUUGUGGAUAUGGUUGGGCGGAGAGGGUCACUCUUUACUGGUAUUACUGUCCAGGCAAUCUGCCACUCGUAUCUGGCUGGAUACCUGCGCUACUUUAUCAAGAGUCCUAGCACAAUCCCCACCAGUGCAUCAGACGGUGCCAUUGCCAUCAUCUACAUUCAUGCUUUCGGCUGGGCAGUCGGGCUCUACACCCUUCCCUACCUAUUUGGCGCAGAGCUAUGGCCGAACCGUAUUCGCUCUUUUGGCGGUGCACUUUCGCAGAGCUUUCACUGGCUCUUUUACUUUGCCAUUACCAAGGCGACUCCGAGUUUGAUUAGUAGCCUCAACACCUGGGGUGCUUUUCUCUUCUUUACCGCUUGGUGCAUCGUCGCUCUGGGGUACACCUACUUCUUCGUACCGGAGACGAGUGGACUGAGUCUGGAUGAUCUUGAUCGCAUCUUUGAGCGUCAUAUCUACCAAAUGAGACAACCUUUGAGCAGGGAAUUGGAAGAUGGUGAUAUUCAGAAAGGCGGAGAGACGCAACACGUUGAAAGGAAAGAUCCAUCAGCGUAG